GACUCUCUCCACCACAGCCCCCAGCCACGAAGUCACCUCGACUCCCGGAAUGGUGCAAUCGGACAAUUGAGACAUGAACCUCGCUUGGUUUGUGGGUUUUCGGGUCCAGUUUUAGGAUCGGGAGCACAGGUGGCUUGAAGGGCUAGUGCCUUUCCAGGAGCGCUGUGCUACGGGGCGGGUUGCUGGGGUGGAAAGGAGUAAAAUCUUGGGGGCUAUUACCGCUAUCAAAUGUCUUUGAACCUCCUUCACGUUCUGGAGGAGGCUCGGCACCCCCUGCUCGCUUUCUCGCCCCUCGGACCUUUCUCUCCCUCCUCUCCAUUCAGUCAACCAUAAUCUCCAUCACUGUGCUGCACGAAUACCGGCACUGUACCUACUCGAGUACACGAUCCUGAUGAUCGCGAUAGGUCACGAACACCUCCCGUUGCGGUGACAAAAGUCCCGCUGUGCUACAAACAAAUCUUUGGUGUUGAGGCGGAGUCCAUUUCCCGCUAAGCCCAAAAAGUAGUGUAGUGUGACAGAACAACAGCUCAAGCUUUGACAGCAGACAGGAACCAGGGACCUUAGCCCGAGACAACACCCGAUCGGUCCAACUACUAGUACUGUAUGGGACUACGGAAGAAAUUGGCAAAUUUCCCAGCUCACUGGACACCAUCGGUGCGAAGGCACAUCUGCCACCCUAAUACUCGAGUAUCAUUGGACAAGCUUCCGAACCAAGAUUCUCCAGAAGCAAGGCCCGACCGGCGCUCGAAUUGCCCAGUUUACCCACAAAAGGCGAUACCAUACUGUACCCGUGUCCUGCGCAAAAGUGAAAAUUCUCAUCCUCCUCAUCCCACGAAUUCAAUUGAUAUUAUCCAGUCCGGUCCUCUCCAGUCGGAUCGAGUCCGGCCUCCAACAGCUCUCCAGACCCGGAGAGCCAGUCUGCUUCCACCAGUAUUUUCCCCUCCUCCCCUUCCGACCCCGCAGACAGUGCUCUGCCACACUACUCGCAGAUUUGCACUUCACAUCCCCCUCGCUCUAUCCCCUAUCGGGAACUGCAAGGUCCACGAUCCAGUUCCUAAAAUAGAAGAUCGGCCCCCUGCGCCAAGAAAUUGCACACACCUUGCUUCGUGUCGUACAGCACGAGUACUCUGCUUGUACGAGUACGGUACUGAGUACUGUACUCGAGUACAGUGUGAUACCGUAAAUUUAUUACCUCGUUCGAUUCGCUAUCUCCGACAUAUCACGAAUACCGGUAUCCUUGUAAACUGUGACACCAUUCCAAGAUAGGUUCGGCCUUGUCGGUAAACUGAAUAGCAGAGGACAGUUUACAUGAUCCAACACGCCAAGUAACUUGGGCUACACCAGGUCAGGAGACGACUCAUCCUUCAAGGCCUUUUUGUCUGUGAAGAUGGAGAUUAGGAAUAGAAUGGAAAUGGCGAAUCGAACGGGUUACAAGUGAUACGGUACAGUACUAGUACUUGGGUGAAAGGCAAAAGUCUCGGUGAAUAAUUCAUGGUGAGACAAAGUCCGUGCACUUAACUGCUACUAUAUUAAAUGAGUGGAACAGUGAGAAAAAAUUAGAUCGUGGAAAUUACUGGC